AUGAUAAUAAAUGGGAAAAUCAAGAUUGGCGAAGAACUUGGCAGAGGUUCUUUUGCGACGGUGUACAAGUCCACAAUAGUGGGAAAUUAUCCACCAUUGCAAAUUGGUGAUGUUGUCGCUGUUAAAUCGAUUUCAACAAACAAAUUUUCAACUCCUGAAGAAAGAGAGAAAUUAGAAAAUGAAAUUAAUCUCAUGAAAAAGCUAUCGCACACAAAUAUUGUAAAAUUAUAUGGUGUUGAAAGAACUUCUUCGACUUAUUUUUUAGUUAUGGAAUAUUGCGAGACUGGUGACUUGCAUUUCUUCUUGAAAAAGUUUGGUCUUGGAAUAUCACCUGAAAUGCUUUACAAUUUCAUUCAACAAAUAGGAAAUGGUUUACAAUAUUUGAAAUCUCAAGAAAUUAUUCAUCGUGACUUGAAACCACAAAAUAUUAUGAUCAAAGGUCAGUGGCCUGAUAUUACUUUAAAGCUUGCGGACUUUGGUUUUGCAAGAUUUCUUCAUGAUAACGAUAUGGCUGAAACAAUUUGCGGUUCACCAAUAUACAUGGCUCCAGAAAUACAAUUUAAUUCACCUUACACGUCAGCUGUUGACAUGUGGAGCUUAGGCGUCAUAAUUUACGAAAUGAUUGUGUCACAACCUCCAUUUCCGAACUGCAAAUCACCGUUUGAAUUAACAAAUGAGAUCAAAAAACUCGGUUCCCGUCCAAUUGAGGUUCCAAAAAGCAUUUCUUGUCCGGAUUUACUUCGAGAUUUAGUUUCUAAGCUUUUGACAGUAGAUCCAACAAGGAGAAUGACAUUAAAAGAAUUUGUUGAGCAUCAGUACUUCAAAUCUCCUCCAAAAUCUUCAUUAGAAAAUACAUCAGGUCGAAAGAAGAAAUUUUCUUUUUCAAACAUCAUUACUCUUGAUAAAAAUGAAGGACCUGAUAAGAUUUUGUCACUUGUUAAGGAAUCCGCUGAUUCAAUUGAAGCAUUAUUCACAGAUUGCCAAGAUAUAGGCGAUUCAGUUCUUUUUGACUUACUUACUACAAUGUGCGAAUUUUUGGUCGAUAUUUUAUACGAAUGCCGAGCAAUAGGAAGCUGUCAGUACGAAGAUCAGAUUAUUCAGCAAAUUGAAGGGUACAAAGAUGAAGCUGAUGAGCUUUCCCAGACUGAGAUGGAGCCUCCUUCGAUAUCUGCUUUGAAAUUUUUGUUUGAUAAAGGAAUGGAAUACGCAAUGACAGGAGUUAAAGCGGAACAAGACGGAAAUAUGUCCUUUGCAAAGUUUAAGUACCAAAAGUCACUCUAUAUUUUGUGUCCUUUGGUCUUUUUGAUAGGAAGAGAUGAAGAAAUUUUCAAAGUUCGUAUUUUAUACGAUCAGUUGAUGUUUAGAUUAAGUAUUCCUUCGCCUGAAGAAAAUUUGACUAUUUAA